AUGGUUCUCGAAGACCAGCGUUUUAUCCAUGAGGAUCUCGAACGUUUAGAGCAAGGAAUUGCUGACCGGGUGGCUGAAGAACCUCGAAACAUACGUGAAAGACUCGCCCGAGACCAUCAGAUUGCUGGAUUCUUAGAUCGCAUUGAGGAACAGUCAAAAAGAUUGCAAGAUAUUUACAAAGAUGCCGAAGGUCUGCGUGCUCAGGAAAUUCAGUCCAUCUCUACGGGCGAUGCGUUCGAAGAAUUCUACAAGCGUUUAGACGAGAUCAAAGAUUUUCACAAACGCUACCCCAACGAGCCCGUGGAGAAUUUAGAACGUGCAUAUAAACGACGACAUCCGGGAGAGGGCGAAAGCUUUGCCCCCGAAAUAGAUUCUAUGUUUACCGGAGAAGAGGCGUAUGGACAAUUUCUGGAUUUGAUUCAGCUCCACGAGGACUAUCUCAAUAUUCCUGGCGUCAAGCGACUUACAUAUAUUCAAUAUAUCGAUCAGUUCGAUGCGUUUACCCCGCCCCAACUGCCUAUCAAGCGGACAGCAAAGGUCUCCGACAGAUACUUCAAGUACGUGGGCGAUCUGUCGAGCUAUCUUGAAGGCUUCCUCAAGCGUGUGCGUCCCUUGGAAAACCUUCCUAAGUUGUUUGCAUCCUACGAUCAGGAGUUUGAUAAACUAUGGGCCGCCCAGGAAGUACCAGGCUGGGGUGCCGAAGCAGCCAUGACUGAAUCUGUCGGACCUAAAACAGAGGGAACAGGAGAAGGAAUAUGGUGCGCUGACUGUGAGAAGGAAUUCAAGAAUGAGAAUGUGUACAAGAACCACUUGACCGGCAAGAAACAUAUCAAAGCUGCUGAAGCAAAAAAGGCCAAUGGAAAUGCCACGCCAAAUGGUGCUAGCUUAGCAGGCGCCAUCAAGGAUUCUUCCUUGAAAUCACUCAAAGAACGAGCAGUUGCAGAGCGCGAACACCGCGUUCGAUGCUUGACAAAAACACUACAAUCCGAACGGGAAGCAACCAGGGUGAAUGUGGAGCGAAAGCAAGGUAUGACGGAGCGUGAGAGACAGAUGGAAAUUGAAGCUCUUAUGGCGGAUACGGAGUUGUCAUCCGGUGCCUUUGGCCGCGAGGAAGAAUCCGACGAAGAAGGAGAGGACAGGAUAUACAACCCGCUCAAGCUGCCACUUGCCUGGGAUGGCAAACCUAUCCCGUACUGGCUGUACAAGCUCCAUGGUCUUGGCGUGGAAUAUCCAUGUGAGAUUUGUGGUAACUUUGUUUACAUGGGCCGACGCGCAUUCGAUAAGCACUUUUCAGAAGCGCGACAUAUAUACGGAUUGAAAUGCCUGGGCAUAACUCAACAAACCAACUUGUUUCGCGAGAUCGUCCGGAUUGAAGAUGCAAUGCGACUCUGGGAGAAACUCGAGCAGGAAAGAAAGAAAGAAAAAGAGAGCAAGGAUAAUGUGGUUCAAAUGGAGGAUGCCGAAGGAAACGUCAUGCCCGAACGGAUCUACUAUGAUCUUCAAAAGCAGGGUAUCUUGUAA